CCUUGCCCAAGUACAGCGCCAUUCUGGACCCGCGCAACAGAAUUACCUGCAUAGUAUACCGGUUGAUCAUGCCAUGGACUUGCUCGAGUCAACGCCCCAAGCCUGCGAAGCGCCAGUGGAAGAGGCCUUCGGUAGCAUAAAGAGCAGCACUCAAUCCAAUAUAGGGAUCAGCGCGACCUCCGACCUGCACUGAUAGCCCAUCAUUCGCAAGGAUGUCGAAGACCUACGUGAACAACUACAAGCCGCCCGCACCGACCCCUAUCGCCGAUGUCGACGCCGUGUUAUCCUCGACAGAGCCCUACGAUGUCAACUUCGCGUUCCCCAUCCACCUCGACACGCUGUCGUGCCCGACAGUUCGCAUCGCGCCGUUCGUCCCAGCACUCCAUCUGAAGACAUACUGGGAGCACGUCGGGCCGAAGGCGCCCGAGCUGUUCAGAUUCUACACCUUCUGCCCGGAGGGGUACACGGAUCUCAUCCCCUUCUUCGAGCGGUUCCGCGCGAACCCCGAGUGGUGCAUGUUCGCGGUGUUCGACCGCACGCGGAAGACGGGGGAGGCGGCGCAGGACGGCGAGGACGGCGAGUUCGCGGGUGUCAUGUCGCUGUACAACACCUCCGCCGCCAAUCUCCACACCGAGAUCGGCUUCGUCCUCAUCUUCCCCAAGUUCCAGGGCACGCACGUCGCCCGGACAUCGAUAGGGCUCCUGCUGCGCUAUUGCUUGGAGAAGCCGGACGCGCCCCUGCCCGGGCUGGGCUUCCGCCGCAUUCAGUGGUGCGCCAAUCCGCAAAACGUUAAAUCAGUAGGGCUGGCGAAGCGGUUGGGGUUCAGAGAGGAGGGCGUGCUGCGUUGGAUGUACUUCCUCAGCCCCGAUCUGCCGGACACGAUCAAGGAGGUAGCAACGGUGAAGAAAGACAAGGACGGUCAAGUUGAAGGGUAUGGCAGGUUCACUAUCUACCUGGGGCAUUGCUGGGAUGAUUGGGAGGAAAGAGGGCGUGCUUUGAUUGAGGACGUACUACGGAAGUAGAAUAAUAGGGAGAACGGCAGAGAACUUGACCUCGCAAAGCAUCCGAGAGUCAAUGCAUAAAUGGGCCCGGGGUCACAAUGACAGACGUUUCAGUGAACGUAUGCGUUCGAAGGAGGGCACUACACAAAUCGGCGUCAGUGUCACUCAAACGGCGAGGGAUGGAUAGAACAUGAAGCUUUGAAGCUU